UUUGGUCAUUCUUCCUCUCUCUUUGUAGAGCUUUGAAUUUUACAAACGAGACUGCUCCAAUAUGCAAAAUGGGUGAUCUUCAUAGCCAAUAUGAAAACUUGCGUCUUUUCUAGUACAUAAACACAGAUGUUGUCUUUUCUGGAAUAAAAAGAAAAAGAAACGGGCAAUAAAAGCGCAUAAUUUUGAAGUAGAUGAAUCCGGGAUUCUGAGUGGGAAGGAGCAGAAGAGAAGCGAAGCAUUUUCACAACUGGGCUGAUCAUUGAGAAGAGCUGGCUGAUUGUAUGCUUCUUCUGAUUUUCUGGUGUGGCUGUUCUACUCGACGAAACCUUGAGAAUUACAUGCCGCAGUCUAUUACGACAUAUAUUUGUAUAAUAUUGUUCUUCAUGCUGCUCGAUAAUGUGAAGUUGGAUGGCUGGUUAUUAUUCGUUGAGUAUGAACAUUUAGGGUUAAAUGUUUUGGAGUUGGGAAGAUAGGGCCGAAUAGACAGAUUUUGAUGUGCCGCCAUUGUGAUGGAUUCUCUCAUAAUGGAUGCAGAAAAGCUGGGCCAAUCGUAGAGGAAAACAAGAACGAUGGCGAUUUUCUUUGCUUAAAUUUUUCUAGGGCCUUUCCCCAGAUAUCAACUGUUAGAACGAUGCCCGAAGGUUCAAAAUAUAAUGUGGUAUACACGAGAAGAAAACUGCGAGGCAAUUCUGAUUCCAGGUUGUGGGCUAUUGAGACAGAUUGUAUAUCUUUGAUUAGUUGCGAUGGUCAACAAGCUGCAGCUUCUCGACAUAAUCACAAAAGGAAAAUUGUUGGAAAUGUUGUCCCUUCUUUUCCUGUUUACGAUGGAAAAAGUCGAUUUUCAGAACGGGAAUUGGUCGAUGGUUGUACGAUUGGGGACGGGCAUGGUUCUGUCAGAACGCUUAAUAAUGGCCUGCAAAAAAGUUUGGAGGUUGAUAGCAUAAAUGAUAGCUGCUCGUCAUCUAAGUCGAACAUGGAACUUGUUUCGACUUCGAAGAAAGUUGAAGUGUAUGACACGGGUGAGUGCUCCUCUUCUAGUAUUCAAGUUAUGGAGGAUAUGGAGGAGGAUAUAUCAGGAAGAGAUCUAUGCAUCUCUAUCCUUAGAAGCAAUGGGCUUUUGUCUUCUAUGGCUCAUGCUUCUGAGGAAGAAAGUGAUUUUAGAAGCGAAAAUAAUUGUUUUCGAUUGUGCAAAACUUGUGGCUGUUCAGAAUCAGUCUUGAAGAUGUUAGUUUGUGAUCAUUGUGAAUAUGCAUUUCACGUCUCGUGUUGCAAUCAUCGCAUGAAGAAAGUGUCGAAUGAUGAGUGGUAUUGCAAUUCAUGUCUGAAGAAGAAUCAUAAAAUUUUGAAGGACGUCAUUAUGAAGAAAUUGGCGAACACCUCGAGUAGAAAUGGAUAUUCUAAGGGCGAAUCAAAUUCUGUUGCAUUGAUGUUGAAGGACACAGAACCUUAUACAACUGGUGUUCGGAUUGGCAAAGGUUUUCAAGCAGAAGUUCCAGAUUGGUCUGGCCCGAUUUCAGAUGAUAAUGAUGCCAUCGGUGAGCGACUGGAAAUGCAUCCUUCAGAACCUUUGCUAAUGCAUGAGCUGAGUACCAAUAAACCUUGUAGAUUGAGCAGUAUCGGAAAUUGGCUUCAAUGUCAACAAGUUAUGAACGGAGUGGGCGGUGUUAAUUCAACCAUUUGUGGCAAGUGGCGCAGGGCUCCUCUUUUCGAAGUCCAAACUGAAGACUGGGAAUGCUUCUGCUCCAUGCUUUGGGAUCCAACACAUGCUGAUUGUGCUGUACCUCAGGAACAGGAAACGGUUCAAGUUUUAAAGCAGUUGAAGUACAUUGAGAUGUUGAGGCCUCGGUUAGCUUCCAAAAGACGGAAAUUGGAUGAGACCAAGAGCAGAAGUGAUGUGCAGAACCUUACAGAACACAAAACUUGAUAUGGUGAGAACUGCUUGAUAGUUUCAAGUGUCGUAACACCAUAUUUCUUACAAAAUCAAGUCAUUCAGAUUAAAAUCGAGUCGUAUUCUCUACUUCGAGAAGCAUUGUGAUAGUAAUAUCUUGUAUGUUGUAAAUGAAUGACUAAAUAUGAUGUGUUAGCCAUUUACCCUCUUCUUCUGCUGCCUUUUUGUCUCUUUUUCUCUUGGAGAACGUCUGUUAAGAGAAAAGUGGGUAAAUGGGAAUUGCUUUUUGUUGAUGAGUAGAGAAAUGAGAUGGAAUAGUUCAAGAUCUUUUGCA